UGUUAGCAGCUACAGUGCACCUUCUGUUGUAACGUACUGGUUAUAAGUGAAUACACGUAUAAUCUUUAUGUGUUUGUUUUGUAAGUUAAGUGUUGUUUUCGUUUGUCCAGUUGAUUGGUUAUUGGUGUUUAUUCUCGUUGUUUUCUUCUCUGCACUAUAUUUCGGAAUCGUUAUACUGUAAUUAGCUCGCUAUUUCUUAAACAUGAAAGAAAGCUUCUACAUUUGUGGUAUUUUAGGAGUUUGUUAAACAAGCCCAAAUCUGAGAUGACUCCAGAGGAGCUCCAGAAGCGAGAGGAGGAAGAGUUUAACACCGGUCCACUUUCAGUGCUCACCCAGUCUGUAAAGAACAACACACAGGUUCUUAUCAACUGCCGCAACAAUAAGAAGCUGCUGGGCAGAGUCAAAGCAUUCGACAGGCAUUGUAACAUGGUUCUAGAGAAUGUGAAAGAAAUGUGGACAGAGGUGCCCAAGAGUGGCAAGGGCAAGAAGAAGUCAAAGCCAGUGAACAAGGAUCGAUACAUCUCAAAGAUGUUCCUGAGAGGCGAUUCAGUCAUCGUGGUGCUGAGGAACCCACUCAUCACCGGGAAAUAAACCUGACGUGUAACACGCCUGUUCAAGUACAGGUGAUCUCCUGGACACUCAUUCACCAGCUCAGCUCUCAUUGACCGUGUUAAAGUGUUAAUUAGACCUUUGAGCAAAUUAAGUCUUUUACACUCAGAGAACAGUUCAUAGUCUGCCUUGUGCUGCAACAACUGUAUUUUGAUGGGAAAUGUUUAGCAUCAUUACGAGACAUUGUCUGGUCAAAGAAAAGAUACGAAGAUGCCAUUUGAACCUUUUUUUUUGUUGUUUCAGUUGUAUAAAAAUGUGCUUUUUUUCUAAAUAAACAUUUGGAUAUUCAAACCUCAA